AUGUCCGAGUCCAACGGCAACACCGGAAACGGUGUCUUCCGUCGCGUCCACGAUGGCGUGCAUUCCGUCAAUCCGUUCAAGGCUCAUUCCGACCCCUCUGUUGAGCGCGUUGUGACGCUCAAAAUCUUGACCGCCAUCUCCUACAUCGUCGUUCUCGUCCAUGCUGUCUAUUACACCUUCGCCAAGCCGCAUGAGGGCAAGGGACCAAGGCACACCAUAUGGGGACAGAACAACGCGCAUCCCACCCCUUUCUCUAUGAACAGCAUCAUCACCUCCAUCUACUGGCUCGUGCUCUUCAUUCUACAAAUUGGCUAUUCGUGGCACCUAUACUCGGCGGAGCGCGAAACCGUGAAAGCUGCAACGAACGUUGGUGGCCAUUUCAUCGUCCACAACCUACUCCUGUUCGGCUUCAUCCAGCUCUGGGUGCGUUCAUUCUUCUGGCUCGGAGAGCUCCUGCUGGUCAUCAACUUCUUCAACCUCUCUGCUGCCUACUUCCGCCACAGCACCACGCCGCGCGCCAUUCACAUCGCAGUCGUCAGUGGGCCGUUGGCAUGGAACUUUGUCGCGCUCUACUGGUGCGGUGCUGCCGCUGUGCACGCACACAAUCUCCCAGCAAGGAUCGUUGCAAACAUCUUCAUCUGGGGCAUUCUGGUUUACGGAGGCUUCUUCUUGGUAGUGUACAAGGACUACACCAUGGGUUUCGAGCUGUCAGUGCUCGCGGCUGCAAUCGGUGUCUCCCAGUUCUUUACAAAGAUCAUCGCCUUCCAGUGGAUCUUCGCCUUCGUGAUUAUGGGCGUUCUAUUCGUUCUCUCGCUGGCCGUUGGAGUUCCCGGCCUUCUCGGCCAGGACCCCUUCAAGCGUGGAGAGAUUGUCAGCGAGGACCGCGAAAGGGCGCCACUGCUGGCGGACGACUAA